AUGUUAGAAAGAUCUUGCCGACGUGUCUAUAGGAAGUACAAAAUACGAAUUCGUAAUGUCAAAGAAAUAAGACUUAAAAAAAUUUUAAGCUUGAUUUGUUUGAUUCUUUUCACAAUUUUCCUGCUUCAAUUAGUGAAUGAUGAAAAUGUUAAUCUCGACGUUUCCCAUCAGGCUUUCACUUACAAAGAACCAUUCAAGUCUUACUUCAGAUAUAAUCAUAAUAAUUCAGAGUUGAAAGACUGGCAUGAUUACGUAACAAUCGUCAGAGAAUCGCAAAGAACUGGCGAUGGAGAACAAGGAAAAGCUGUCAUCGUUGCUGACGAAUACAAAAACGAAAGUGAAAGUUUGUUUGAAAUUUAUCAUCACAAUGCAUUUGUAAGUGAGAGAAUUGCUAAAGAUCGCUCAGUUCCAGACGUUCGACCUGAAGCUUGUAAACAUUUUAAAUAUUUGUCAGAAUUGCCGUCAGUUAGUGUGAUUAUUCCAUUCAGAGAUGAAGCAUUCAGCACUUUACUUCGAACAGUUCACAGCGUGGUGACAAGAUCACCGCCAGAAUUAUUAAAGGAAGUUAUUCUUGCAAAUGAUGUCAGUGAGAAUGAAUAUCUUUAUGGUGGGCUUGAAGAAUACGUUGAGGAACAUUUUGGAUCAAAAGUCAAAAUUCGAGUGAUGCCUGAACGAUAUGGCUUGAUCAAAACACGAUUAGCUGCAGCUCGUAUUGCUAAAGGCGAUGUUCUUGUGUUUCUUGAUUGUCACACUGAAGCAAACGUUAAUUGGUUGCCGCCAUUGAUUGAGCCAAUUGCAAAGAAUUAUCGAAUCGUUACUUGUCCAUACAUCGAUGUCAUUAAUGCAAAUACUUACGCAUAUGAAGGAAGAACAAGCGGAGCACGCGGAGGCUUCAGUUGGGAUAUGGUUUAUGAGUUCAUGUCAGUGAGACCUGGCGAUCAAUCAGACGAGGCUGAUCCAUAUGAAAAUCCGAUCAUGAUGGGCUGCGCUUUUGCGAUAUCUUCAAAGUUCUUCUGGGAACUUGGUGGUUAUGAUAACGCACUAGACAUAUGGGGUGGAGAGCAAUACGAGUUGAGCUUCAAGACAUGGCUUUGUGGUGGAAAACUUUUGGAUAUUCCAUGCUCACGUGUUGCGCAUUUAUAUCGAAAGCGAGUUAUAGAGAAAAUCCCUAACAAAUCUGGUUAUAACACAAGAAAUCACAUGCGAGUUGCUGAGAUUUGGAUGGAUGAAUACAAAAAUGUCUUCUAUGGAAAAGAUCCGCAAAGAUUUGAAGGAAUGGAAUUUGGUGACAUUUCUUACAUGUUAAACAUAAAAAAGAAACUCAAAUGCAAGCCUUUCAAAUACUUCUUGGAAGUUGUUGCGCCUGACAUUGUUGAUCGUUAUCCGCCUUAUGAACCACCGACAUUUGCUUAUGGAGCUAUUCAAAGCGUCUCACAUUCAAAUCUUUGCAUUGAUGUCAUGAAAAUUACUGCUUCGAAUCCCGUAGAACUUUAUCCUUGUUUUAAAAACUUAACUCAUCCUUCUCGCCAUCAAAGAUUUCGUUUGAGACUUCAUCGGGAUAUCUCAGUUGAAGCUUCGAGCAACUUUUGUCUUGAUGUGGAUAAAUCAAAUAAUGUGAUUCUCUACAAUUGUUUCUUCCAUCAAACUCAUCCUCAAUAUUUUCGUUAUGACAUUGACACAAAACAAAUUUAUUGUGGUCAUGUAACGAAAAACAAUAAAUGCAUCGAUUGUGACCCAAUCAAGAAAACUGUGUUUGCUGCGCCUUGCAAUAAAAAUUCUCUGACACAGAAGUGGCAUUGGGGUGUUACCAAUGAAACAAUGCUUAGAAAUUGGCCUGACUAUGGCAAACCAUUGAAGGAUGAAGGAGAUAUCAAAUACUUUAAAUUGAAAAAAGAUAAAUUAAAAGAAAAUCUGAUAUAAAAUGUAAUAAUGAAAGAAAAUGAUUUUUAUUUUAUUAAGCUACAGUUUUCUGCUGGGAAGUUAGCGUCAAAAUUUGUAGUAAAAUGUAAUGGGGACGAUGCAUGGGGACAAUGGGGAGCGAAUCGCAUUAUUAUAUGAUUUCAGCUCUGCACAUUUUGACGCUAGCUUUUGACGCUAAUUUCUGCGCAGUACAGUUUUCAACUUAUUUAAAAUUUGUCUAGAUUAAGGAAGGUAAAAUACUCGCCGA